UUCGGUGACCAAUCAAAAUGUUUAUAACCGUUACACUUCCGAGGUCACAUUUCAAACGCGGAAGUAGCGUGUAUUCUCUGUUUGCGAGUCAGAUUUUCUUUAAGAUUUCCAGUGGGUUUUUUUUUUUUUUUUGUGUGAGAUAAUGUUUAAAAAAAAGACUUACGCAGGCUGGUAUUAACUAGCGUCCAGUACAGCUGUCAGUUUGUAUAACUAAUGCGGGGGUUCCGUUUCUGUCAGCCCCGACGGCGCGGCUGUUGUUGACGUGUGCGUGUGGCGAAUCAUGUUGUUUUGCAGCAGGAGAGUUAGUUAGAAAAGUUAUUAUCCAUGGCUGGGGCUGUGAAGGUGUUCAGGCACCCGGCUCGACACGGCUAUGCCGUGGAGAAUUCCCCGUUUUUCCCCAACAGAUUGGCCUGCGCCUCGUCUCAGUACUACGGCAUCGCAGGAUGUGGGACUGUCUUGGUGUUGGAGGAGGGUGAAAAUGGUAUAUCUCACAUUGUGAGCUUCAACUGGAAGGAUGGGCUCUACGAUGUCACCUGGAGCGAAAACAACGAGCACGUGCUGGUAACCGGUUCCGGCGACGGCUCUCUGCAGGUGUGGGAUACCGCUCGUUCCCAGGGUCUGCUGCAGGUGCUGAAUGAGCAUAAGCAGGAGGUGUACAGUGUGGACUGGAGCUUGACGCGGGGCGAGGCACUGGUCGUGUCUGGUUCGUGGGAUCACGCUGCUAAAGUGUGGGACCUGGAGCGCCCCCAUUCACUCAACACUUUCCACGGUCACCAGGGGGUAAUUUACAGCACUAUCUGGUCCCCGCUCAUCCCAGGGUGUUUUGCAUCUGCCUCAGGGGACGGGACGCUGAGAGUGUGGGACGUGAAGGCAGGCGUCUCCAGGGUGGUCAUAGGUGCACAUGCGAUGGAAAUCCUCAGCUGUGAUUGGUGCAAGUACAAUGAGAAUGUGCUGGUAACCGGAGCAGUGGACUGCAGCCUGCGCGUUUGGGAUCUGCGUAAUGUGCGUCAACCUAUAGCAGAACUCCUGGGUCACACCUACGCCAUCCGCAGGGUAAAGUUCUCCCCCCAUCAUCACACAGUGCUGGCGUCUGUCUCGUACGACUUCACUGUGAGGUUCUGGGACUUCCAGAGAGCCGCCCCACUGCUGGACACGCUGGAGCACCACACCGAGUUUGUGUGCGGCCUGGACUUCAACAUGCACAUCCCUAACCAGGUGAUGGACUGCGCCUGGGAUGAAACGGUAAAAAUAUACACACCUUCGUGCCUCUCCAGCCUUCCAUGUAUUACCUAGGAGAAGAAAGAAGAUGUGAGAUCUUCCAGCCUUGAGGAACAGCAAACGGCCACCUGGUCCGCUGACCGUUAAUGUAAGACGGCGCAAGGAGCUUUCCUGCAGUUUCUGUAAUGAUGCUUUUAAGAGGAGCCGUGGCAGUGGGCAUCGCGGGGGGGCACCUUACUGUAACAUUACAGAUGGGAACAGUCCCAUUCGUAACGGCUGUCGCUCAACCGGUCUGUUGCUGUGUCGCUGCAUCGUGCCAGGCACUCGUUCAUCUCCCUUCUCAUUUAAAAAGUGUAAAAUGGGAGCUGCAGCCUGUCCGUCCUGCACAGUUUUAGCUGCGGACAUCUGGUGAGCGCCUCGCUGAAAGGCCACGGUGCAGAGGCUGCCUUUUCCUCCCUGCAAAUUUAAUCACAAAAAAAGGAUUGCUUCCUGUCUUCACUGUAUGUGACUGAAAGGAAAUGGAAUAAAACAUAUAUUGCUAAAUUUUUCUGGUAAUAAAAUUGCCUACAUGACCUUAGAAUCAUUGACAUAAUGAAAAUAUCAGAGGAUUAUUUUGUAAGGUUAUUGUUACCUGCAAACAUUAUAUAAUUCUGCAUAUGUGGCUGUGGCUAAAAUGUGUUAUCUGCAAAUUUAUGGUUACCUUUAGGAGGUGAAAGUGUUUCGUUUUAUCUUGUUUUCGUUGACAAGGGUUGUCACGGUGCUCUCUGGGAAAAUCUCCUUUGCUUAUAGUUCUCUGAAAGUAAGACUUCUCUUAUUCAUAUGUCCAGGAAUUUUCCCCAAAGAGUGGAUCACUGAAAAAGUUUUUUCCAUAAUGAGCUUAAUAUUUUUCUUGUUAUAACAGUUAAGUCUAAGGUCCAUUUGAAGCUACUGACAGUUUGCCAUAAUUGCCUGUGGAAUAUUUUGUUCAGAUGUUUUUGCUUUUGAACUUUCUGGAACUGUUUUGUGGAGGAAAAAGACAGUCGGAUUAUUAUGUGA